AUGUACCAGCUUCAUCAUGCCAACCAAGUGCAUCAUCUCCUUAUUUCUCACACGCAGAGUCGGAGCCCAACCCGACACCCACAUUGUACCUCCUCCCUCCUUGCUAGACAACAAAAAACUUCUACAACCUCAUGCAACCUCAUGCAAAGCCCCCUAAGUCUGCUAUCGAGUAGCCAUUACACAUCUUCUACUCUACGGUCUCCUGCAUUUCACAGCACACUACUACUACUACUAUUACUACUACUGCCAGCAUUCACGCAUCCCCCGCUCCUGCUCACUAUUUUUUCUACGGCAAUAGUUUCGGGAGAGAGAAUUGGUGGUCUUAGUGAUGAUCAGAAGGAAAAGGAUGAGAGAUGGGGAAAGGAGGGAGGAAAUAACUGCAACAAUGGUCAUCUUAGCUAA